GACGACGGAGCUGUCAAACACUAACAAUCGUUUGAAAUAUCAUCACGGGCGGUACAGAAAAGAAACACCGCACUUUGUUUAUUCGUGGACACAACGAAAAGAGAAGAUGUUAUUUUCUAUUUAAGAAUUCAUCCAGUAGCGAUUUGGACUUUAUAGCUGUCUCAGUGACAAACUUGUUGUUUGUGCGUGUUUGUAGUAUCUCUGGCUAAUGCGUGUUAGCUCUUCGCUUCGCUCGAGUUUUGUUGACAAACUAGCCGUCAGCUAGUCACUUAGCUAGCUGCGCUGUUUUGGCGUUAGCUGUGGAUUUCUGGAGAUGCCUCUCGGUAGAGACAGAGCCCAGCUUGGACUGUUCUUGUUAAGUCCUCAGUGAAAUUAAAGCAGGUCUCCAAGGUCUCAUCUUACCUCUGUCAGGCAUGUGAAGCUCUUAUCAUUCUGGGCUCCUCAGUAAUAUGCAGUGAGGAACUGGAAUAGCAAGAAACCACUCGGAUAUAUCCAGGGUUUAUCAGCAGGGAUGCCCUAAAUAAUAUUCAAAACUAAAGUCUAUGUGUGUGAUACAUUUUCUCCCAGGAGACAAACUUAAUACAUACUGUUUUGCCGUGAAACUCACGGCAUUGUUAAAACAGUCUAGUCCUCUUGUCAUGUGGGUACGUCACAGAAAAAGGCCCAUACUACCCUCACUGGUAUCACCUUUUUUCACAUCACCAUGGACCGGAAUAAACGCAACUCUAUUGCUGGGUUCCCUACACGGCCUCAACGUUUCAGUGAGGACAAAGAUGGUAGUGGAGGGUUAGGAAACUGUGAGAUGGGUCCACCUACGCAGAUUGGUAGGGUGUAUCCAUCCUCCUACAAAGCCCUCAUCAGUGCCUUCUCAUGUCUCACACGCCUUGAUGAUUUUACCUGUGAGUGGAUUGGCUCUGGUUUCUUCUCUGAUGUCUUCAAGGUACGUCAUCGAGCUUCAGACCAGGUUAUGGCUUUGAAGAUGAACAAACUCAGCAGCAACAGAGCUAACAUGUUGAGAGAGGUCCAGCUAAUGAACAGGCUUUGCCAUCCGAACAUACUGAGGUUUAAGGGAGUGUGUGUCCAUGAGGGGCAACUUCAUGCUUUGACAGAGUACAUUAAUGGUGGAAACUUGGAGCAGCUUUUAGAUGUGACAAACACUGAGUGGCCCGCCAGAGUAAAAUUAGCCUGUGAUAUCGCCAGCGGCGUGGCCUACUUGCACUCCAAAGGCAUAUUCCACCGGGACCUCACCUCCAAGAACUGCUUGAUCAAAUGUGAAGACAACGGCUACACAGCAGUGGUGGGAGACUUCGGCCUGGCAGAAAAGAUCCCCACCAAUCUUGCUGAAGGAGACAAGCUUUCAGUGGUGGGUUCUCCUUUCUGGAUGGCCCCAGAGGUCCUGAGAGAUGAACCCUACAACGAGAAGGCUGACGUCUUCUCCUACGGAAUAAUCCUGUGUGAAAUCAUUGCAAGGAUCCAGGCUGACCCUGACUUCCUUCCACGCACAGAGAACUUCGGCCUGGACUAUCAUACCUUCCAGCACAUGGUUGGAGACUGUCCGCCUGACUUCCUCCAGCUAGCCUUCAACUGCUGCAAUAUGGAUCCUAAACUCCGUCCAUCCUUCCCAGACAUUGUCAGGCACCUGGAGGAGAUUUUUGCACACUUAAAGUUGAAGCAAUGGAGAACGAUGUGUGUUUCGCUCAGCGGGGACAACGACAAGAAACCAUACCCAAAGGGGGAGAAGAUCCCGGGCUUCAAGAGGCUGAACCCUGGUUUUCAAAAUGAUAAAAUCCCUCCCAAAUCCCCACGGCCCAGACGAAACAUCUGGCUCAGCCGCAGCCAAUCGGACAUCUUCUCCUGCAAGCCAGGAAGAAAAAUCAAUGUGCAGGACCCUUAUUACAACCCCCCCAUCCACCAGAGAUCCCCCAAAGUUCGCAAGAUCAACCCUUUUACCGCUCGGGAGGACCUGUGCGGGGGAAAGAUUAAGUUUUAUGAUGUACCCAGCAAGUCUGUCUUCUCCCUGGUGUUUGACCUCCACUCGCCUCCAGGAAGUGUGUUCAGUAACCAGCCGUCUGCUCAUCAGCCUGUUGGACCCCAGCAGGAGGCGUCUUAUUACUGGCAGCAGCUGCCAUGAAGGCAGUGCCACUCUGUACCAGUGUCCCCACAACUGCCCCGCUCGGAGAUCUUCCACCUCGCCGGCAGCUGUUGGCUCAAUAAUAAUGGUUCUGUUACCUGUAACUCCAGUCAGCUGUCAACGACUCUCCCAGCUGCUAACUCCAGGUCAGACAUGGGUCUGAUGUCCAGUGAUGUUCGACAGAAGGCCGUGCUGAGCGGCUGGGCGAAGAAGUACGUCGUGGUUGAGAUCCCACCUUACUGCAGGCAGAGGGGAGGGGUCGACGACAGAGAGGUAGGAGGGAGAAAGGAGAAAAACAAGGAGGAUACGAGCGCAGAGAGAUGGUCUCCGAUGCUCGCCAGCAAUGAGACAGAUGGUGGCGAGGCGAUGGACUGCUCCAGCAGCAGAGGGGAAGAGGGGGAAGGAGAAAGUGGGACGAUGUAAAGCUCACAGAGGUGGUGGAUGAAAGGAUGUGGUUGUUUUUUACUUGAGAGGAGGAUUCGGAGAAAGAUGUGGAGGCAGGGAAGACUAAAAAGCUACAACAUAAAAAUAAAAAGCACUUGAUUUAUUUUAUUUUUUACUUACAAGCGAAUGUAUCACAUUUUGAAUAAACCACUUUAGAUAAACAACUAUUUUUCAAAGCUGUCACCCCAGUGUGAGUUUCCAAUUAGCACAAAAAGCUUUGAUCCACACACUCUGCAUAAAGUUUAUUUUUCUGAAAAGGAUGUUCAUAUUUAAUAUUGUGAGGUGUAGAUUUUCUUUCUUUAAAGUCGUCCUGUUCUUGUUGGUGACGGGGGAUAUUGAAGAUCCCUUGUGCUGUGUGUGAAUUUAAACAUUUUUGACAUUUUGUGUUCAUUCAUAGAUAAAUGCUCAUAUGUAAUCAAAAUACAAAUCCCACAUCUUUCUGAUGUAACUGCACCGAUAUUCCUAUGAAAUAUGUAAUAACUGUACCUGAAACAACACUUUAUAAAGCCAAGCCAAGAUGUACUGGUUAAAUAUCUUUCAUUUAGUUUAAAAUUUAUCUUGUUUAGUGGCAUCUGUCCAGUUGUUUGGGCUCUUUGGGUGCGUUUGGUUCACCAGUAAAAACAGGGAGGUCAAACUAAGGCCAAAUGGAGUUCUCACUUCAAGCUGCUUCUUAAAAGCAAACUGAGAAAUUUAAUGUCUCAGAAUGAAAAGUAUCCACAUCCACAACGCUGACAAAAUAACCAACACUCCAGUUUACUGUCUCAUAUUAGCAAAUGAUAAACUUCAAAUUUCUAGAUUAACAAACCAUUAGUGUUGAUACAAAGAAAAAGGUGUAAACUAAACUGUUUUAUGAACAAAACAUAAACUGAUGAUGAAACUUCCCACAGACGGUUUCCUCAGACGUGUAAAUAUGCUGGUGCUAACAUGAUUCCAGGGUUUUCUGGUCUGAUUUUGGCGUGUUAUGCAUUUAAUGUAUCAAAAUAAGCGAUUAGCACCAUUUGAUUUAAUUAAAGCUUAAAAAAGGUUCUAAAAUUUAAAGUGAAAAUAAAAAUACUCGGAGAUUGAGCUCCUGGAAUCCUUAUUACACAUGAGAACAUGCUUUAGAUCAUUUAUUUUAAUCAGAGGGAAGCAGCACAACCUGGCGGUUCAACACUGUGCUCUGUAAGAAAUAUUGUCACAAAUACUCAGUGUUUAAGUAAUCCAGUUCUUUUAGGACAUGUAUAAAUUUAUGGCAUGUUUUCGUUAAGAAAUGCUUCCACAUUUGAUUCCUGUGACAUUGUAAUUUUUGUGGUUCUAAGUAUUAAGUUUAUCAGAAUAGUUUUCACUGUAUAAACAUUUUUAUGAGUGAGUGGUGUUUGCCUCAGCUCCUACACUUCUUUUAUGCAGCUUCUGCAGAUCUCAGUCAGAUCAUGCCAGUAGGAACUCAAAUGCACUUGUACAGUGAUAUAUAUGGAGCUCUUAUCACUACUUUUCUAUGCAACUUUUUUCUCAUGCUUUGACAGGAUAAAGGAUCUAAUUUGAUAUUUAUGAAAAACAUUUAAUGUCUUACCCUUUGUGUAUAUUUAUGUAAAAAGUUUGUGUUACCUGCCUUGUUGAAUACAGACGGUCUUUUUUCUGAUCAAAUAACAAAGAUUUAAUUUCUUUUC